UUUGGCAUCGCAGUAGUUAUUACAAAUCAAGUUGUAGCAUCUGUCGAUGGAAACAUGCUAUUUCCUGGUGCUUCUGAUAAAAAGCCCAUCGGUGGAAACAUUAUUGCACAUGCAUCAACAACAAGAUUAUAUUUACGUAAAGGAAAAGGUGAUAAUCGAAUUUGCAAAAUUUAUGACUCUCCAUGUCUUCCAGAAGGUGAGGCCACUUUUUCGAUCGGACAGGGAGGAAUUGAAGAUGCAAAGGAUUGA